AUGGAGAUAUCUGAGUCGACGAAAGUUGUGUUUUUUGUUAGCCGCGUUUUCGGGCUGGCUCCGUAUGUGGUGAAACGAACAACCAAGGGACAAAUUGUGGAUUACAAACGAAAUCUGCUCCUGGUGAUUUACGGCUUGUGUGUCGUGUUUUGCUUAGCUGGAUUAACAUUCAAAGGGAUCUUUUUCGACAUUAACUCGAAAAAGCCGAUACGGAUGAAAACGGCAACCUCGAAAGUGGUCACCACGUUGGAUGUUUCCGUAGUAGUUUCGGCGUGCAUAUGCGGGGUCUUCUGUGGCAUUUAUGGACUUCCGUUUGUUAGAGAAUUAAACCAGCGCUUGAAUGAGGCAGACGAUAUGCUGUCAAUAUACAUUGCUGCUGGUAAGCAUGAGAAGAAGAAAUGGAGAGGUCUAACGAUGAUGGCUUUUGUCGGUGUCACUAUAACAGGCGCACUGGCUCUCGACAUUUGGGUUUGGUAUCGGAUAGCGGACAAAAUAAAGAAGGAAAAUCAGGACUCGGGUGCCAAUGUGUUGGGAUAUUGCCCAUUCUACGCGCUCUAUUAUAUUCUGAUGAUGUUUCAUAUUUUAUUUGCACAAUCUGCACUGGGAAUAAGCAACCGGUUUCGUCGCCUGAACGUGGCUCUCUAUCACGUUUUUCCGGAAUUCAACAAAACUCCCAUAAUUGAAAUAACAUCGGUGUCUUCCACCAACAAUGCUUCGGAACGACUGGAUAAUAUCACCGAGCACAAGCUGGGGUUAACCACCGUUUCCCAUGGUAAGUGGGUAUUUCCGAAUAGAGUUAUUGAGGAUUUAGCCUACAUUCAUGCAUCUUUGUCAACCGGAGUAAUACUAGUUUCCAACACAUUUGGUGUUGCACUGUUGGCUAUUUUGGGAUCAUGUUUGCUCCAUUUGGUAGCGACAUCUUAUUUUCUGAUGGUGGAGCUCGUUGGUGAUAAGGAUGCUGUAUUUUCCUGGAUCCAGGCGCUGUGGUUGUUCAUUCACAUUUUCCGCUUUUUACUUACUGUUGAACCAUGCCACAUCACCAAUGUAGAGUCUAGACGAACCAUGACCAUCGUCUGUAAUUUGAUGCGAACCUGCAAGGAUUCGUCUGCAAAGGCCCGGUUGGAAACUUUUUGGCGCCAGCUUGUUGGUAAUAAUUCCACUUUCACGGCAUGCGGUUUAUGCUCAAUCGAUAGACACAUUAUAACGUCGUACUGUGGAGCCAUUACGACCUAUCUCGUUAUUCUGAUACAAUUCAAAGAGGCUGAUGAUAAACCUAAUCGAACUGUUCAACGAUCGCUAUAA